GCCACCGGCCCAUCCAUCAGGGUCCUAUCGUCUUGUGACGAUUGCUACCCUCACGUGCGAAAGUCGUCAAGGAGAAAAAUUUCAUCCAGGGGCGUCUAGCCGAUAAUGUUCGAUCUUGCGAGCGAGGAUAUCUUUCGAUCUCGUUGUCCCAUCCGUUUUUUAGUUGUCCAUUGAUACUAAUCGCAUCUACCCCCUCCACUGUAUCAUUAUGUCCGCCCCAUCAGUCACCGCCGACCACCAAGACGUCCUCUCCUUGUUGACCUGGAAAGACCCCGUCAAGACCGGGAAGGUCUUCGGAGGUGUGGUUGCUGGAUUGUUGAUCUUCAAGACCAUCAACUUGUUCAACAUCUUCUUCCACCUCGCCUACAUCGGCUUGUUGCUCUCUGCUGCCGCCGAAUACGCCGGCAAGUUGGUCACUGGCCAAGGCUUCGUCACCAAGUACAAGCCUGCCGUCAAGUCCCACGCCAAGCACUUCAACGACGAAUUCUUGCCGCUCGUGGCCGAAUUCAACUUGAAGGCCGAGCAAGAAUACCAGAAGAUCGUGUUUGCCCACGACAUCGAAACCACCUUGAAGGCUGCUGGUGUCUCCUACGUGUUGUUCAAGGUCACCUCCUGGUUCUCCUUGUUCACUUUGAUCACCACUGCCGUUGUCUUGCUCUUCACUGUUCCUGCCUUCUACGUCCACAACAAGAAGCAAAUUGAUGCCUUGGUUGCUCAAUACUCCCAGAUCGCCAGAGAAAAGACCUCCGAAUACUCCAAGUGUGCCCAAUCCAAGGCCUCCCCAUACGUCAACGACCUCAUCAAGAAGACUGGUCCAGUCGGCAACUUCAUCAGCUCCAAAUUCCCAACCAGAACCGCAGGAUCCACUGUCGGUGACUCCAGAGCCACUAGCUUCGGAACCGAUGCUGAUGCUUCCAUCCACGCCAAGAAGGUGGAAGAAGAAAUCUCCACUGCCACCUCCACCGGUGCUACCAAGUUCCCAGAAGUUCCAGCCGCCUCUUUGAACGCCUACACAAAGAAAGGUUUAUUAACAGGUUCUUUCAACAGUCUACAGUAAACUAACCAAGUCUAUACUUGUUCAACCUUUUUUUUAACUUGCGUUGUGUUUCUGAUAUUUAUUUAUUACUAUUUAU